AUGAAGUACAAUGCUGCCGUCCUCGCCCUCGCUGGCUUCUCCUCCGCCGCUGUCACAAAGACUCUUCCCAAGUCUGCCGGCGCGACCUCAUUCCCUACUGCUGUUCCCGUCAAGGGCAGCUACGAUGGUGGCAUGAAGCGAUUCGAGCGCAGCCCUGCUGUUUGCCAGGGCCAGACCGAGACUGGUGAGAAGGACGCCAUGUUCAUUCUUGAGAACGGCGCCACUCUCUCCAACGUCAUCAUCGGUGCAUCUCAGGCCGAGGGUGUUCACUGCAAGGGAACAUGUACUCUGAACAACGUCUGGUGGGCUGAUGUCUGCGAAGACGCGAUCACGCUCAAGCAAACCAGCGGCACCUCUUACAUCAAUGGUGGAGGAGCUUUCCACGCCAGCGACAAGGUGGUGCAGUUCAACGGCCGCGGAACGGUUCAGAUCAAGGACUUCUACGCCGAGGACUACGGCAAGCUUGUGCGCAGCUGCGGAAACUGCAAGGACAACGGGGGUCCCCGCAACGUGAUCAUCCAGGACUCUGUCGCCGUCGACGGAGGAGUUCUUUGCGGCAUCAACACCAACUACGGCGACACCUGCAAGAUCACCAACUCGUGCCAGAACAAGGGCAAGUACUGCGAUCGCUACGAGGGUAACUCCAGUGGCGCGGAGCCUAGCAAGAUUGGAUCUGGGCCUGAUGGCAAGUACUGCAUUGCUACGGGAACUACCACUAGCUGUUAG